GACUCGUCGCCCAGCAAAAGGCCGGCCCACUCCAAGGUGGUGGCGGUGGAUAUGGGAGAGCUCCAGCGGCUCCUGCACGAACAGGGGGAGAAGAUCAUGAAAGCACAACAUGAGCACUUGGAAGCCCGUAUGGGAGCCCUGGAGGAGCUGACCGGCAAAAGGAUGACGGCUGCGGAAGGCCGCCUGGGGGGUGUCGAAGGGAAGGUCGAGGCUUUGGAGCAGAAGUUGGAAGACCUUGUCAAGAAGAUCGAUUCUGGAGCCGCGGCGAGCCGACAGGGACCAGCUGAGACGGACAGGUGUCUCACGUUGGUGUAUGGGGGCUGGCAACGUGAUACACGAAGGGGAGAGUUGCUGAAUGGUCUCAACAAGUGUCUCAGGGAGUUAGAACUUGAUGCCCUGGUGGACUACCCUCCAUUUUGUACGGGACCCCGCAGGAGUACGGCAUUGUCAGUGUUCAAAGUAAGGGAUGGUGAGUCCGAAUACCAGGUGAAGCGCCGCAUGCAUCACAUCAUCAUUGCCCUGAGGGAGAAUGAGGUCCGGCUGCCGGGAGGGAAGCGCAUGUAUGCCAUGUACUCGAAGAGCAAAGAGGAGCGAGAGAUUGCCAGCAUGCUGCGUGGAUCAAACGGGCGGUCAGGCAAGCUGCCCCGCUCACCGUGGACAUGCUGGACCUGGAGUACUCCUCGGGUGGAGUGUGGUGUGGUUGACGAUGAGGAUGUCAUGUGGGGCUUGGGAUCGGCAUGGGUCCUGCCAGGGCAGCUGGCCAGGGAACUUGGGAUCUCCGUGGGUGCGCUCAAGGGAGGCGGUGGUGGAACAAGGCGAAGCUGUUUUCCUGGAAUGAAGUACCGCGCGGAGAAGCCGGGUGGCAACAUUCGGAAGCUUCGGGGUGGAGGUGUCUCACACAUCGGCAACCUGAUCAUGCGGAAAAGAUCGGCGGGCAGAGGGUCCUGGUUUCGCCUGAGACAUGUCCACGGCCAGGAGAUUUGGGUAGGGGUGGCGCACUUCACGCCGGGGUCCACACAGCCGCAACAUGCUGCUGAGGUCAACGAGUUCCUUCAAGGGUUGCCGAGCACGCACCUACCUGUUAUGGUUGGGUGUGACGUCAAUGCGCAAGUUGACUGGGUAGGAGGCGAGCUUGACUCGGCACUUGCGGUAGGCCUCAAUGGAAAGACGGCGGAGUUUCUCUCGGCUGCGCAGGAGAGGGCGAUGGCGCCGAUACCGCCACUGGUUGGGCAAAGGGGACUGCCGACCAGUCGGCCCCGGCAAGCAGGGAGGGAAGGGAAACAUAUUGAUGUUGUGCUCUCGGCUAGAAUACGGACGGGAGAGGUCAUCCAGGAAGUGACACAGGGCAGCAAGGCGCGAGGGCACAGCAAUGUCGUGGACGACGGCGAGAAACAUGAGGAAGCAGUCGAGGCAGCGAUGGGAGCAGGCAAAGGGGCGCUGCUGGGAUUCUACAAUGGCAUCUUCGAGUCGGUGUUCAAUCGGAUGCUGUUGGCCAGAACACUCCCCUACAUAGGAGUGGUUGCAGCCAAGAUUGACAUCACCAAGGCCUAUGACAUGGUCAACAGGCCACGGUUGCUUCAGAAGCUCCUAGGGGCCCUCGGGGAUGGACCUGUCUACCGAUGUUGGCAGGCACUUCUUUCGGACACGUGGGCCAUCCUCAUGGACACACAGCGAAAGCACUCCUGGGCUGAUCGGGACCAGGUGUUUCCAUCUCUUUGCCUGGAGGAGCUACUUUUCAUGGACGAUGGCGUGCUUUGGUCAGGGUCGGCUGUAGGAUUGUCGCGUAAGCUGGAGGAGUGGACAGCAGAACUCCGAGAGUACGGCCCGAGCCUGAAUGCUGCAAAGUGCAAAGUUUACUUCUCUCCCUAUGCCAAGGGUUCCAGGAUCGUGAAGGUCCAAGGCAUCCUGAUCCCGGAAGUCGCGAAGUUGGAAGUGAUGGGCAUCCCCUUCAGGGUCGGGGCCCCUCCAGCGGAAUUGCUGGCUCCUUUGAUUUCCCGGGCCAAGGACAAAUUUUGGAGCAUCAAACAUCUGCUACGAGCACGGACGCCGCUUGCAGGCAGAGUCAUCUUCUUGGAUAGGGUUAUCGGAGGGACAGUUCUCUGGUGUUUGUCGGCACUGGCACCAGAUUCCAACAGCAUGCUGCUGCUCAACUCACUAGAAUUGCAGUGUGUGGUCUCGUGCAUGAGGGUCGGGAUACAAACAGCGGGCCUUUCGUGGUGCCCGCCAGGUGGUAUGGACGUACUUAAAAAAGCGCUGGUCUACAUGCUGGCUGGAACGCUGGUGGAACUUCUCGGGACACAGGGCGAGAGGAAGGGACAGGGUGGUGCCAGGGGCAGCAACCAUCAUUGA